CAUUCUUAAAUUCCAUUAACUCUCCGUCUAUACAUAUUCCAUAUGUCUCUUGUAAUUGCAUUUCAUUACUAUUAAUUCAAUUUGGUAUACAUACAUAUUCAAGCUAAGUAAUUAUCAUACAAUAUUCAACAACUAACCAUAGAGAGUUAUCACUAAUUGCAUUGGACAUGGGAAGAAAUUGUGGAAACGAAUCUGAGGCAAAAUGGCAAUUGGCGUCAGAAAUUUGUGAUCUCUCAAUUCCUUGUUCUCAUCUCUAUCCCACAUUCAUCGACUGGUAUCGUCUUCUUGAUGUGGAUGAGAGUGUUGGAGUAGAUGUGAUUAAGCAGCGAUAUCGUAAACUAGCAUUGCAGCUUCAUCCUGAUAAGAACAAACAUCCCAAAGCCCACAUUGCAUUCAAGUUGCUUUACCAGGCAUAUGUUUGCCUGACGGAUGAAGCAAGCAGAGAGGCUUUUGAAACUGACAGAAGAAACCACAUAUGCCCGAAGUGCUCCAUAAAAUCAAGUGAAAAAACACCUAGACAGAGAAAUGUUGCACAAGUGGUUAAAACAUUUCCUCCUCCAGACAUGGAACGGACAGUUUCCAGAAGCAUUUCACGUCGUGUUAAAGAACUUAAAGCCAGAUUUACGGAAGAAGUUGCAGUUAUAAACACCUGCUUGAAGGCCAAGUCUUCACUCUCUACUUACUCAAUGAACCAACCUCAGACUUUGACAAGACAAAAUGAGACACCAAUCUUCAACCCAUCAAAUUAUGAGUUACAAGGCUAUCCUCAUCCUAGCAAUUAUAGGAAGUUGCUUCAUAGAUUUCAGGAAAGAAGCACUGAGAAUAAUGUUUCUAGCUACCCAGUGUUUGAGCCCAGAUCAGAAAAGGAAGCCUAUGUACAUAGAUUUAGUAGAACCAGCUCUAAGCAUAUGUUCGACAACUAACAGUUAUGUUUCUAUUCCAUGAUGCACCUUUCAUCUCCUU